UCAGACGUGAUAACUGGAAGUGCACAACGCUUUUUGUUUAUUGCCUCUGUUCUCAAUAGUUUGUCGUACGUCGGCUCGCGCGGUUCGAAUCAGCUGGAACGUGAUAGUUAGUGAAUGUAAAAUCAUCUGGCUAGAAAAUACGCGGGCAGUUUGACUACAUUGUGUUGAUUUCCCGUAUCGGGAACAAAGUGUUGAGCGUCAGGAAAUGAUAAAGUGCCGAAUAAAUUUUGUGCUUUGACGAAAAUACGAAUAUUUUAUGCCAUCAUGGAUCAACGGAUGCUCUGCGUUGUCACUUUGGGAUUCGGCUUCAUGCUGUUAUUCACGGCUUUUCAAACGAUGGGCAACAUUGAACAAACAGUGAUAAACAGCAUCAAAAUAGACGAGCCCACAUUCCAGGGAGAUGGAUACACAAGUCUUGCGGUUAUAUAUGCAUUACUUUCGAUUUCGAACUGGUUGACUCCAUCGGUGCUGGCGAAAAUUGGACCAAAAAUUGCCAUGCUUCUGGGAGCAAUCACCUACUGCUUUUUUAUCCUGACGUUUCUAUGGCCACAGACAUGGCUACUCUACGUUGCUAGUGGAAUCCUAGGAGCGGGAGCCGCAUUAAUAUGGACAGGACAAGGGAUGUAUCUUUCGAAGUGCAGCGAUGAGUCCACUAUAUCCCGCAAUUCUGGAAUAUUUUGGGCUAUGCUUCAGAUGAGCAUGUUUUUUGGAAAUCUUCUAGUGUUUUUCCUAUUUCAAGGGAAAACACAUAUUGACAAAGAUACGCGUGUUCUAGUCUUCUCGAUUCUCGCCGGUGUAGCAGUGAUUGGUAUCGUGUUUUUGGGUACUCUGAGAAAGCCCAAUCAGCAGAACGUAGCUUUGGAAGAAGAUAUUCCUGAACGUCAGCGAAACCCGAGACAAGCUUUCAUCAGUGCGGUUAGAUUGUUCAUGACAAAACGCAUGUUGCAACUCAGUGUAACGUUUGUAUAUACAGGAUUGGCGUUAUCAUUCUUCAGCGGUGUUUAUGGCGCCAGUAUUGGAUUCACCGAAGCAAUAGGCGAAUCGGCCAAACAACUUGUUGGACUAAAUGGAGUUUUUCUCGGUGUUGGAGAAGUUCUAGGAGGAGUGGUCUUCGGUCUUCUAGGAAAACGAACCUCAAAAUGGGGUCGAGAUCCAAUCGUGAUCAUUGGAUUUAUUAUACAUAUUAUCAGCUUUUUCCUCAUAUUCAUGAAUAUACCAGAUGCUGCACCAUUCGGAGACACUGACGCGGUGGCAUUCUUUAAUCCACCCAUAGCAGUAGUUGCUAUUCUAUGUUCGUUCCUCCUUGGUUUGGGAGAUGCUUGCUUCAACACUCAAAUAUAUUCCAUGCUUGGUGGAGUUUUCGCCAAAAACUCAGCAGAGGCCUUUUCGAUAUUUAAAUUCACGCAAUCCGUUGCAACCGCCAUAAGCUUUGUCUAUUCAUCUCAUUUGGGACUUCGAGUUCAACUUGGAAUUCUUCUUGUGUUUGGAAUAUUAGGCACUGCGUGUUUCUGUUUAGUGGAAUGGGCAGUUAAACAAUCUCGAGAAAUGAGUGUGAGCGAACGUGAAACUGUCGAUACUGAAAAAUAAUUAAGAUAUUUUAACGUGUAAA